AUGACAACCACCACAGUCCUUACACCGUCAGAUUAUCCAAAUUCAUGCAGUAUUCUAUCACAGAACUCUGCAAGUCUAAUUGCUUCCCUCUUUGUUUUGAUGAAUUUGUUUUCAAGAGCUCUUGGCGGAAUUAUUUCCGAUUUGUUGAGGAAAUACUUACAAAUCCCUGGUCGGCUAUUGGCGCAUAUAUUAUGUAUGACUGCAGAAGGUGUAAUGCUGAUUGUGUUUAGCCGAAUGAAGACAAUACCAACAGCAAUUAUAGCUAUGGUUGCUUUCAGUCUGUUUGUACAGAUGUCUGAAGGCUCUACUUUCGCCAUUGUUCCAUACAUUUAUCCACGACGUGUUGGUCUUGUUUCAGGAUUCAUAGGUGCUGGAAGGAAUGCAGGUGCAAUGAUCUGGAAUACGAUAUGGUUGAAUCUGGUUGAUACUGAUCCUAGCCAGUGGUUUCUACUUUUAGGUAUAUUUGUUCUUUGUGGAAAUGUGUAUUCAUUGAUUAUAGUGCAGAGAAAGCGAAUCUGGAAUAUCUUUAGUAGAUAG